AUGCUACAAAAAAAUGUGCUGCUAGAAAUUAGUCGGGUAGAUAAAUUAAUUAAGAAUAUAACAAUCAAUGACGCUGAAAAAGAAAUUGGAUAUUCGGAUCUCUGUGGACGUGUGAAUCAAAAAUGCUUUGAAAAUCCCAUCAUAGAAAUCUUACCGGAAAUUGAUAAUAUAGUGCAGAAAAAGAAGAGAUUGAAGUAUCCAUUUGAUAUUGAUCCGUUGACAUACUCUUAUAAAAUUUAUUCUCUCAACUUCGGAGGUGUCAUCGAAGAUGAGAACGAUGUUGUUCAAACAGUAAGUGCUAUGAGAUUAGUGUAUUUUUUCGACGAAAGCGACGAGAAUAAACUUAAUCUCAUAGAAAAAUGGCGAGCGGCGGUUUACAAUCGUAUAAGAAAUUAUCGUUUUGAACAUCUUCUGUGUUUCGGCGAUUCUAAUUGGUUGUUUGAAGAGCGAAAUCUGCAGUUGGUUGAAAAUGUAAAACCCAUGAUCGGUGCACUGGUUGGAUUUAUUUCUGUGUUUACUAUUGUAACGUACAUGAGCAACAAUUGGGCCAAAAGCAAGCCAGUUCUUGGCGUGGCGAGUGUGGUAUCGGCUGGACUAGCCGUGGUUACUUCUUUCGGUUUAAUGUCUGUUAUAGGUACAGAAAAUUCUAUUUGGAACAUUGCCAUUCCUUUUUUGGUUCUGGUAACCGAAAUAGACGAUGCUUUCGUAUUGUUAGCGUGUUGGAGAACAUCGAACCCCAAGCAUAAAGUACCGAAACGCAUGGAAGAAACGUUCGCCGAAGCCGGAGUUUCUAUAACAUUAACGUCGUUGACUAAUUUGUUUUCCUACUGUAUAGGAAUGAUGGCAUCUAUUCCUCUCGUGACAUUUUUUGGUGGGUGCAUGGCGUUAUCGGGAUACAAAGAAGAAAAACAGCAAUCACUUCGACUUAAUUUAGAAAAUAACGAAGUAGUUUCCGAAGAUAAAAAUUUUUCUGAUGAGCCAACAAUGGCAUAUUUUAGAGAUAAGCUAGGCAAGAUUCUAUCUUCGGAUGUAAUGAAGAUAAUAGUUAUUAUAAUUUACUUUCUGAAUUUAUCAUUUGGAAUAUGGGGGGCUUUAACAAUAAAUUAUGGUAUAGACAUCACAACGUUAUAUCCUGAAGAAUCGCCGGUAACAAAGAGUAUGAAAAUAUAUUAUAAUAGUUUUAGUCGUUAUACUUUCCCUUACCAAAUAGUUAUUAACACUACAUUAGAUUAUUCGGAUGUAACAGUGCAAGAUUCCGUAGACAAACUACUGAGCAAAUUUGAACGUCUCCCAUAUAUUGCGGAUUCCCGAUUUACAUUAUCAUGGUUAAAAUAUUACAAACAAUUUCAAAAUCAUCCGAUUGCAAAAUAUUCGUUACGUGGUUACAACAUGUCUGUCAAAGAAGAUUUCUUGAGUGGACUUCGCGAUGUUUUUCUUGAAUUUAAAGCGGCACAACAAUUCUCCAGUCAUAUUGCCUUCAAUCAGAAUGGAACCGAUAUUUCGAGUAGCAGAUUCUUUAUUUUUGUCAAUGAUACGUUAAGUUCGGCAGCCGAAGUAGAGAUUUUAAGUAAUUUGUGGAAAAUUGCUGACGAAUUCGACUUUCCUGUUCUGAUUCACGGAGCAUUGGCUCCUCUAUACGAACAAGGAAUCAUCAUUAAUCGUACAAUUAGAGAUUUAUUUUGGAUUACGUCUGUUUUAAUAAUGGUAUUCUUUUUGUUGUUUAUACCAAACAUUGUUUCUGCUCUUCUUGUUGCGAUAUCGGUAGCAUCUACCAUUGUAGAAACUCUAGGUUAUAUGUCCCUGUGGGGUGUCAACGUGGACAUCUUAUCUAUGAUGAGUCUGAUAUUGUGUGUGGGUUUCUGCGUGAAUUAUCCGGCGCAUAUAGCUUACGCUUAUGUUUGUUCUGUGUCUGAAACUCCGAGCGAAAAGAUGAAAGACAGUCUCUAUCGUAUUGGCUAUCCGAUAUGUCAAGGAUCUUUGUCUACUAUUUUAGGGAUUUU